GCCGGCCCCGGUCCCGGCCCGCGCCUGGCUUUCAGCACCGCGGACAGCGGCGUCGGCAUGAGCGGGCUCAACCCGGGUCCCGCCGUGCCCAUGAAGGACCACGACGCCAUCAAGCUGUUCGUGGGGCAGAUCCCGCGGGGCUUGGACGAGCAGGACCUCAAGCCGCUCUUCGAGGAGUUCGGCCGCAUCUACGAGCUGACGGUGCUGAAGGACCGGCUCACCGGCCUCCACAAAGGCUGUGCCUUCCUCACCUACUGCGCCCGGGACUCUGCUCUCAAGGCUCAGAGUGCACUGCAUGAGCAGAAGACCCUGCCAGGGAUGAAUCGUCCGAUCCAGGUGAAGCCGGCUGCCAGUGAGGGCCGUGGAGAGGACCGAAAGCUGUUUGUGGGGAUGCUGGGCAAGCAGCAGGGUGAGGAGGACGUCAGGCGCCUGUUCCAGCCCUUCGGCCACAUCGAGGAGUGCACUGUCCUACGGAGUCCAGAUGGUACCAGCAAAGGUUGUGCCUUCGUGAAGUUUGGGAGUCAAGUGGAAGCUCAGGCGGCCAUCCAGAGUCUGCAUGGUAGCCGGACUAUGGCGGGCGCUUCCUCCAGCCUCGUGGUCAAGCUGGCCGACACUGACCGGGAGCGUGCUCUGCGGCGCAUGCAGCAGAUGGCAGGCCAGCUGGGCACCUUCCACCCCGCGCCGCUGCAGCUCGGGGCUUGCGGCGCCUACACCACCGCGAUCCUGCAGCAUCAGGCAGCGCUGCUGGCCGCCGCGCAGGGUCCUGGGCUCGGCCCGGUGGCCGCGGUGGCCGCCCAGAUGCAGCACGUGGCCGCCUUCAGCCUGGUGGCUGCUCCGCUGUUGCCUGCGGCAGCCAACUCUUCCCCCGGUAGCGCCAGCCCUGGCGGGCUCCCGGGCCUUCCAGCACCCAUGGGAGUCAAUGGAUUCGGCUCCUUGACGCCCCAGACCAACGGGCAGCCAAGCUCCGACACGCUCUAUAACAAUGGGCUUUCUCCUUACCCAGCCCAGAGCCCAGGUGUGGCUGAUCCCCUGCUGCAGGCCUACGCUGGGAUGCACCACUAUUCAGCAGCUUAUCCAUCGGCCUAUGCCCCAGUGAGCACGGCUUUUCCCCAGCAGCCUUCAGCCCUGCCUCAGCAGCAAAGAGAAGGCCCCGAAGGCUGUAACCUCUUCAUCUAUCACCUGCCUCAGGAGUUUGGUGAUGCCGAGCUCAUACAGACAUUCCUGCCCUUUGGAGCCGUGGUCUCUGCCAAAGUCUUUGUGGAUCGAGCCACCAACCAGAGCAAGUGUUUUGGAUUUGUUAGUUUUGACAACCCAACCAGUGCCCAGACUGCUAUUCAGGCUAUGAAUGGUUUUCAAAUUGGCAUGAAGAGGCUCAAGGUCCAGUUAAAGAGGCCUAAAGAUGCCAACCGGCCUUACUGACCUGCUCUCACCAACCAGCUACAGAAAGGAACUGAAGAGUGAAAAGAAAAGCACAGAAAUGCUGGAGUGGCCCUUCCCGAAGGAGCAGCUGCAGAUGGAGGUGGAUCAGGCCCGGGGCUGGUGCCUGGGGUUCAGACCACUCAUCGAGUGGGUUGUUCCAAGGAGCGCUGAGGCUGGCAGGGAAACCAGUACUGACUGAGGAUCAACUGUCUAAGGGAACCAGCAGAGGGCCUCGGGGGUGCCAAGGGCUUCUCAGCAAGGGAAGCCCAGUCUUACUUUGUUCAAAAAUCAUAUCAUUCCUUAGCGUUUAGGGACCAAAGGACUAUUGCUUUUUUUUAAGAAUAUAUAUAUAUAUAUAUCUAUAUAAAUUAAAACAAAGAAAAAAAACACAAGAAAAACAAAAACGACAAUAUAGACUCUCAUAAAAGCUGCCUUUAAAUAUCCCUAGGAGACAGGGUGCAGGAGACCCUUGAUAGCCCCAGCCUAGGCAGAGGAGGCUGUGGGAAGAUCGUCCUGUGUCUCAUUCCCUCCAAUCCCACCCCUGCCACAGCCACUGUGUCCUUUUUUAAAAUGAUUAAGGACAUGAGGUCUAGCCUUGUAUGCAGGCAACAAGAGGGUUUAUGGAAGCAGUGAGUUCACAACUCCCAACUCCCAACCUAGGCACCCCUGAAGAGGACCCAGGAGGAGCUCAGGCUUGCCCUGGUCUUUGACACCCCAAGGGGCACCUGGCCAGCAGGAGUGGGAACCCCUUCCUUCUCAACAGUCUUUUCCCCUGGAACCGCUGCUUCCCCGGGCAGGAAGAAAGAGGAACCCUUUCUCUUCCCAGUCCAGACCGACAGAGAGGCCUUGCCUUUGGCUGAGCUCACGAGACACCUCCUGUUUCCUCUCCCCCUUCGCCAGCCCCAGUGUCCCCUCGCUCCAGGCCACCUUCUGUCUCUUAGUCUCAGUUUGCCCACUUGUAAAGUAGAGUCGAGAUAUACCUAGUAGAGGGCUGUAAGCACAGACUUGGAAGGUUGCUGCUGUAUAUACUGCCAUUGAGAAGGGGAGAAUUUCUACGUAGAAACUUCAGAAUUUAGAGGUCCCUCUUUACCCAGGACCUGGGAGGGAAGUAGAUGUUUUGCCAAAAUACUUCUUCAUUCCUUUAAAAAAGAAAAAAAAAAAGUACAUCUUUCCUAUGCAAGAGUGUCUCAUAUGUGCUUAUCCAAGGUGCUUCUAGAUGGUGAGCAGUGUUUGGCUUAGAAGUGGUGUGUGCUCUGUCCGUCCGUCUUUGUCUGUCUGUUGUAUACAGUGGGUGCCAUAUAAAGCUGAUCACUGGUGGUGCUUCCCGCCUGCUUCUGUGAGAUGGGCAAAAGAUCCAGCCUAGUACACCGCAACUCACCUUGCCUCGGUCAGCCUUUAUCUGGGCCUUCAGGGGCCUUGCACAUGUUUCCCCGAGGGGAUAAUUCCCCCUUCCACCCGCACCCCCCUCCCAGUCAGACAUUAACCUAGUCUGAGGCCCUACGUAUGUGUGGGAGGCACUGUGUUUCCCCAGAUGUUGCUGAGGCUGGAGGCUUCCGAUCUGAAGUCACUCAAUCGGUGAAGGAUGUGGGGUGUGGGGGUGGAGGGUUCUUCCUUCAUAACAGUUUCUAAGAAAACUUGUUCCCACCUGU